AAUAUAGAAAAUUCAGAGGAGAGGAUUUUUUUUUUUUUCUGACAGUCGCUCUCUGUAGCUCGCGGCCUAUAUAUAUUCGCACUGAUGAAUGAUUAGGGCUUGAAUUGCGGAGGGAGAAAUGGAGUCUUCUGAAGAGAGUGAAGCACUAAGACCCCAAGAACAGGGGAAGAAGACAGAGUUAGGGUUUAUCGCAUCAUCUGCAGAGGAAGCCCUCGCGCAGGAGUUUCAAAAUGUGGGCUUGAACGACGAAGAUGCGGGCAAAUAUGAGGCCGCCAUUGAAGGAGCUGCUGAUGAUAGAAGAUACCCUUUAAGGCCCUACGCCGAGGACUGCCCUUACUAUCUUCGGACGGGCACGUGCAAGUUCGGAUUGAAUUGCAGGUUCAACCACCCUGUGAGAAGGGUAAACCAGGGCGCUAAAGAGAAGGAAAAUGAGAGGGAAAGGGAAGGGUUGCCAGAAAAAGCAGCGCAGAUUGAGUGCAAGUAUUAUCUAACAGCGGGAGGGUGCAAAUUUGGUAAAGCCUGCAGAUAUAAUCACUCCCAAGAAAACACUGAGUUGGGAGAGUGUAAUCUUAACUUUCUAGGUUUGCCUAUGAGACCGGGAGAGAGAGAGUGCCCCUUUUACAUGCGCAAUGGUUCCUGCGGAUAUGGAGCUAAUUGCAGGUUUCACCAUCCGGAUCCUUCAGCUGUGGAUGGAUCUAACCCUGGCAACACAACUCCCAGUGGUAGUUUUGUGGGAAGCUUUGACAGUUCUUUGGGAUAUCGUAAUGGUGAAUCUGUUCCCCUACAUGUAUUAGUGGCAUCACAACCAGCUGUAGUGCCAUCCUCUUUGCAUACGAAAUUAGAUAAACCAGUUCCCUACUUUGAAAACAACUCAUCUUUUAUGCCUACGAUGCAGUCACUUCCCCAAGGGGCACAUCCUAGUCGUGAAUGGAAUGAUUUCCAGGUCCCCCUUUAUCCACAUGAAAUCAUUGGGCAUCAUCAUUCAGCUCCAGCAGUGAGCAAUAUGAAAAAAGAACAUGUUUUUAUGGAUUAUCACCAAGACAUGCAUGUUGAUGAAUUUCCUGAACGGCCGGGUGAGCCUGAGUGUGCGUACUUCAUGAAAACAGGGUACUGCAAAUAUAAAUCUGCAUGUAGGUAUCAUCAUCCAAAGGACCGUGCCUCAAAUUUCCCUGCUGGUCAUGUUGGUGACAGAGGCCUGCCUUUAAGACCUGGCAGAAAAAUCUGCUGGCAUUACGAGAAGAAUGGUGUGUGCAGGUACGGUCAUUCCUGUAUGUUUGACCACCCGGUCAAUUAUGGCUUAUCAGCUGGUCCAUCAGGAUCCCUAGAGCCUCUGCCAGGGAGCAACUCUGCUGCUUUUGGAGGAAUGGGAAUGGCAGGGUCUGGCAAUGGAGGUGUGGUUCUAACCCAGCAGUAUGCAUAGAAAUUCUGCCACCUCCAUCCAAGUUUAAGUUAACAUGUUGGCUUCUUUCAUUUAUAUGCUCAUGCUACAAGAAUGAGGUCCCCUUUGUAUUCUUCGCCUUGUUCCUUGGUGCUAAAUGUUGCACCAUAUGGACCAUUUUUUUUUUUUUUUGGUAUCCUUCACUGGGUUCCUUGGUGCUAACUGUGCAUCAUAUGGACCUUUCCUUGUAGCAUGAAACCAAAAUAAAACACAUACCAGAUUCGAGCCCUAGUUUCGGGAAUUUAUUGUGUUUUAUUGUGUAUUUUUGUGUUUUCAACUGAGAGAUUGGUGUGAGAUUAUGUAAUUUUCUGAUUUACAUAUUUACAUAUUUGCCUUUUACAAAGGAAUAUAUCAUAUAUGCAUUGGUCCUAA